AUGAAGGGAAAAUCAGAGGCUGAAUGCCACAACUUCGUCAGAGUAGCCGCAAAACUCCAAAAUGGACGUAUUCUCCUUUGUGGAACACAUGCUUUUUCUCCACAAUGUCGUGAAUAUGAAUUUAUUCAAUCUGAAGAUAGAUUUGCUGAGAGAGGACAAUUUAAUGGACAAGCAAUUUCUCCUUAUGAUCCUCUUCAAAAUUCUUCUUAUGUUUAUUUACCUGAACGGAAUGAUAUUUUUGUUGGAGCAAUAUCUGACUUUAGUGCUACAGAUCCUCUUAUUUAUAGGCGAAGAUUGUCAGGUGGAGAUAGUUUACGAACACAAAAAGAUGACAGAGUUAUUGAUGAACCUAAUUUUGUUGGAUCAUUCUCUUAUGGGGAUUAUGUUUAUUUUUGGUAUAGAGAGAAAGCCUCAGAUGCUCUCGACAACAAUAGAGAAACACAAAUAUAUUCAAGAGUUGGAAGAGUUUGUGCUAAUGAUCCUGGGGGUCCUUCCCCGGCACAAGAUAGAUGGUCGAGCUUUUUAAAGUUGAGAUUAAAUUGUUCUGUUCCCGGUGAUGGAGAUAUUUCUCCUUUUUAUUUUAAUGAAAUACAGUCAAUAUCUGAUCCAAUUCCUUAUGGAGGAAAUUCUGGGGAUGCUUUAGUUUAUGCUAUUUUUCAAACUAGUCGAUCAUUACCAAUGUCAGCAGUCUGCGCUUUUCGAAUGAGCCAAAUUGAUUCGGUUUUUGAUCAUGGGAGAUUUAAGACCCAAAGAUCUCCAACCUCUUUAUGGACUCCGUCACAAAAAUUUUAUUCAAAUCCUUCUGAAAGACCAGGACAGUGUGGACCAGAUGCUUCUAAUAAACUUUCAGAUAUGGCUCCAAUUAGCAAGAAUCCUCUUAUGUAUGAGACAGUUUCAACUAUUGGAAAUAGUCCUUUGCUUGUUGAGGGUCCAAAUCGUGCUGAUUUAACAUCAAUUGCAGUUACAGCAGAUGCCCUUUCUAUUCGCCGACAGAAGCAUAAUGCUAUAUUUUUAAUAGAUUUAUCCCAAAAUGGAACAGCUGUUCUUGUUGAGACAAUUAAAGUAUUUCCAUUACUUACACCAAUUAUUGGAAUUCGUUUAUUGCCCAAUACUUCAAAUAAUAAUAUCCCUUCAUUAAUUGUUUCUUCGCUUUCUCAAGUAGCCAAUAUUCCUUUACAACAUUGUUCAUUGGCAGAAAAUUGUGGACGUUGUGUUGCCUUAAGAGAUCCGCAUUGUGCUUGGGACAUUGAAUUACGGCGCUGUAGAUUGGAAUAG